AUGCCCGCCUUUGCCGCCACGCGGCCCGUCAACCCACCCGGCUCGUCGCCCUCGCUCACGGCCGACCAGCUGUGGGCCGGCCUCGGGAUCAAGGCGCGCAACCCGCAGCAGUUUGUGCCGGCCAUCACGGCGUGCAGGGUGGUCGAGGAGACCGAGGACAAGGUCACGCGGAUAGUGCGCUUCAACGACGGGCCCGAAAUCAAGGAAGAGGUCCACUUCUUCCCGCCGACGAUUGCCUACUUCGAAAUGUCGCCCCCCUCGCCCGCUCCCCCGAUCCGCAUCACCAACCUCGUGUCGUACGGCCCGCCGCCGUCGCACGACCUCCUCCUCACCUUCUCGUUCGCCCCGAAGCUGCCGCACCUCGCCGACGACGAGGCGCGCAAGCUCAGUCCCGAGGAGCUCAAUGACAAGGUGGGCGAGGGCGUCGAGAAGGCGAUCGAGGUCAUCAGGGACAUGGCGAGGGAGGGCAAGCUGUAGAGGCACUCUGGCGCACGCACGAUGUUGUCUGUGGC